AUGAAUAGUAUGGAACAUAUUUUGGGUUCAAACACUCAUUGGGACAAAGGUUUUGUUACACCACUGCAAGCCAUAUUAAUUGGUCUUCCGAAAACUUCACGUCAUCGCAUCAAUAGCUUUGCUCAAAGAAUUGAAAAUAUUUGCAAGUUAAAUGCAGAAUUUGCAAAUUGUAUAAACAGUUGUGGCGAUCAAAACAUUGGGCAUAUAUUACUGAAAGGCCAAAUUUCGUGGACAAGCAUUUGUGAUGCAUAUCACUACAACACUGGUGAUUUCUUGUCAUUCAUUAUACCAUGUUGGUCAAGAUAUGGCAAUGAUGUUGUAACGCUAUGUGCAACGCAAACGACAGCUUUGCAGCAUGCUGCAUCAAACCUAGUGGACAGUGGUAUAAAGAUGGUCAAUGAGCAUCUUGACGACUUGUGCAAGUUAGCAAAGAAAAUUACAAUAUUAGGUGGAUUAGGAGAAGCGCAAUGA